GGGAUAUUUGUACCAGUAAUUUCCAAAGAAAGAAAGAAAUACGUAUUGUAUUUUGUUAUUAAAGCACUGUAAAGUACAUCUUCUCUUUACCAUCUCCACUAGCCGCAUAGCACUCACUGCCUAUUGUCCCCUGCUUCAACAAUGGCGGCUUCAUGCAUGUUGAGAUCCUCUUUCCUCUCUCCUAACCCUAAUCUUCACCAACAACAAUCUCCUGCUAAAUCCAACCCUACUUUCUUCUUCACUCCUAUUAAAGCCACAUCGUCAUCAUCAUCAUCUUCUUCAACAGGCGAUGCUGCAGCUGCAAUCUCCAAAUCACCACUACUUCAGAAGAACCGCCGCCCUGCUGACGAAAACAUCCGUGAAGAAGCCCGCCGCGAUGUCUCUUCCCACAAUUUCUCUGCUAGGUACGUACCUUUUAAUGCCGAUCCUAACUCAAAUGAGUGGUAUUCUCUCGAUGAGAUCAUUUAUCGCAGCCGAUCCGGUGGCCUACUUGAUGUCCAACACAAUAUGGAUGCGCUCAAGAAAUUUGACGGCCAGUACUGGCGGUCCCUGUUCGAUUCCCGGGUAGGCAAGACUACUUGGCCUUAUGGUUCAGGUGUUUGGUCCAAGAAGGAAUGGGUCCUACCUGAAAUUGACAGUGAUGAUAUUGUCAGUGCUUUUGAAGGAAAUUCCAAUCUUUUUUGGGCUGAGCGUUUCGGAAAGCAAUUCCUAGGCAUGAAUGAUUUGUGGGUCAAACAUUGUGGAAUCAGCCACACAGGUAGCUUUAAGGAUCUUGGCAUGACCGUAUUGGUGAGCCAAGUAAAUCGGUUGCGGAAAAUGCAUAAACCAGUUGUAGGUGUGGGUUGUGCUUCCACCGGAGACACGUCUGCUGCGCUGUCAGCUUACUGUGCAUCUGCAGGCAUUCCAUCAAUUGUCUUUUUACCUGCUAAUAAGAUAUCUAUGGCACAACUGGUUCAACCAAUAGCCAAUGGGGCCUUUGUGUUGAGUAUCGAUACUGAUUUUGAUGGUUGUAUGCAGUUGAUUCGCGAAGUUACAGCUGAGUUGCCCAUUUACUUGGCAAAUUCCUUGAAUAGUUUGAGGCUAGAAGGGCAAAAGACAGCAGCAAUAGAGAUUCUGCAGCAGUUUGAAUGGGAAGUUCCUGACUGGGUGAUAGUUCCUGGUGGAAACCUGGGCAAUAUAUAUGCAUUUUAUAAAGGUUUCCAUAUGUGCAAAGAGCUGGGACUUGUAGAUCGUAUCCCUAGACUUGUUUGUGCUCAAGCAGCCAAUGCUAAUCCACUUUACCUGCAUUAUAAAUCUGGUUGGAAAGAUUUCAAAGCUGUCAAGGCAAAUACAACAUUUGCAUCUGCUAUACAGAUUGGUGACCCAGUAUCUAUUGAUAGGGCUGUUUAUGCUCUAAAGAAGUCCAACGGGAUAGUGGAGGAAGCAACUGAGGAAGAGUUGAUGGAUGCGAUGGCUCAGGCUGACUCAACUGGGAUGUUCAUAUGCCCCCACACUGGUGUGGCAUUGACUGCACUCUCCAAACUGAGAAAGGCUGGAGUUAUUGGGCCUACUGAUAGGACUGUGGUCGUGAGUACAGCUCAUGGAUUGAAGUUUACUCAAUCCAAGGUUGAUUAUCAUUCAAAAGAAAUAAAGAACAUGGAGUGCCGGUUUGCUAAUCCCCCGGUGCAGGUGAAAGCAGACUUUGGAUCAGUCAUGGAUGUUCUCAAGAAGUAUCUGUUGAGCAAAAACUCCAAGUUCUGAUUUGUCCCAACUUUUUGGAAGAAAAGACGGUCUUUUGCACUCUGUGACAGGGACCAUAAUGGGAUGAGACUGGACACACUUGUGGGAAGCUGAUCCGAAUUGAAUGACAUGAGGGCUUGGCUGGGAGUACUCUGCAUUACUCAAUUAUAGGCUCUCUUUGGCAACUGGAAGAUCGAGAUACCAUUAGCUCCUGUGACCUAUUUAGCUCUCUGUCCACUGCUUGUAACAUUUAGUUAUUCUCCAUAAGCAUUGGUUUUAAACUCUGCUUCAUCAAAUCCUCUGUUCAACUUUAGUGCUGAAAUAGGAAUUAAUAUCUGAUUUGGACAGUGAUUGUAGCUAAAGUUGCUUGCUGGGCUAUGAUGAAGCCUCAAAUAUCCCUGAAUUUAUGACCUGUAGAAUUUGGACUUCUGGAUAUACCAGGGCUUAUAUAUAUAUAUACAAAUAUAUAUAUAUAUAUAUAUAUAUUUAUGAGCAAAUAUUAAACUUUAUUUUUCAGCGAUGGAUAAAUUUACUGUUUUACAUGAUCAAUAAUAAGGGUUCAUAUCCAAAUCUACUUGUACAGAUGAGGCGUAAUAGCUGAUGGAUAAAUUCGUUGUUACCAACUUUGGAACUUUAGGAAUUAUGGUCAACGAAUGGUCCAUUUAUCCUUCUAAAUAUUAGACUUUAACUUGAUGUGUUUAUAGCAAAAUAAUACCACGGACAUUCCACAAUUCAAUGUCAGCAACAAGAAAAAAGUUGGUAAUUUAAAUAACACACACAUGAUGGGUCCAUGAGUAACUGAAAAACAGAUCUUUUUUGCGGUUCCUCGUGUAUAAAGUUGAUUGAUGCACCAAAAUAUUACAGGAUCAAGCCAUAUUAUCGUCUAAUAGACAGCACAACAAACGGACA